GAGAGACCAACAAGAAACAUAUGCGCACAGCAAAAAUUAUGAACCCACACAAAUCCCAAUUCCCAAUGGAAAAUUUGUUCACGUAUCCGCACAGCAUACGUCGCGGACGUACGGUAUUUUAUAAAUUUCAGUUGGCAAUAAUGUCGUUAUUAUUUUUUUCAUCGCGCUGUAAAAAAAUAACGCGUUUGAUUGAGAGGGGAUGAUAGUGAGCUAGCGAUCAUGAGACACCGCGAGUGAAUGGGAGCUACAGUGAUAUGGAGUGAGAAAGAGAGGAAAUGAAUAACAAAAAUGUGAACAACGCUGCGCGGAGAAGACUGCCGCCGAACCGGUCUUCUCCGCGAUACGGCCUACAGUGCACCGCCGGUGACGUGCCUACACCGAACCGUUUCGUGUCUUCGCGUUAUCCGCGGUCUCCCUUCGCCGUCACCGUUUCGCCCGACCGGACUACUUAUUUCUGCGCGCGCGAUCCGACGGCCGUCGUGGCGCUCGCUGUUCCAUUUCGCGUUCGGAAAAUGCGCGACACCGUUCACCGUCUCCACCGCUGUCGGACGUAACCCCGCCGCCCACCGAGCCACGGGACACGGUUCCACUGUCCGUCCAACGGGAUGGCCCGCGACGCUAUCGUGCACGACGUCGACCUGCCGUCGCUGGAGUACGACGACGAAGAGACCGCUUACAUGGCCACGGAGACGCCUAGUUUCGACGCGGACGACGCGACGCUGGGCAGCACGUUCGUCAUCGUGGACGAGGACACCGUCUCCGACCUGGACGACGACGACGGGGUCGGCGAAGAGGACGACGUUUCUCCGCUGGUGAUACGGCCGCCGGCCACCGAUUCGCGGUCGUCGUCCGCGGCCGCCGGCAAGGUCAAGUUCUUGGACAAGAUCAGAGAGCACAAGAGCUACCAGAAGCUGGCGAGGAUCGUGAAGAAAAAAGGUGAAGAACCCCCAGUAAUUAUGUCGCCAGAUUCUGGAAUUAAUGAAUUGCAAGGUCUUAGCCUUGAAGAACAGGAAAAGCAGAAAGAAGAAUGGCAACAAGAGCUGAAUAAGGUGGAAGAAGAAAUCAAGACAUUACGUGAAGUGCUGGGUUCAAAGGUGAAAGCAUCUCAAGAGCUUAGACGUAAACUUGGUUAUACUGUUUGGCAAGAGAUUAGUGAAGAUGUAUCACAGAGCUUACGGAACGUUAAAGAGUCAAAUGUUUAUCAAAAUGUAGAAGACAAAUUUACCCAAAUUGGAAAAGCUGUUGUUGACGCACCAAUAUUCAACUUUUCUUUACCAGACUCGGGCGACAUGCGCACCCCAACCAGGAACAUGGUUCUAAAACACUGUUACCAAAAUGUAGAAGGCAAGGUUAAGCAGUUUGGAACAGCGGUCGUCGAAACGCCUAUUUAUCAAAAAACCGAAUCUGUUGUAAAAACAACUGCUGAGAAAGCUACAACAAUAUUUGGAGGAUUCGGUAGUGGUCUUACAACCAAACUUGGUCAAAUUAAGAAUUCUGAAUCAUUCCGUUCUUUUGAGGAAAAAGUGGGUUCAGCUUUGGAAAAUGUUAAGACAAAAGUGGCAUCUAGAUCCAACUCUAUGCAGAACUUUGAUGAAAUAUUGGAGGAAGAAACUCGUUUGGCAAAUGAAGAAAAACGUUCACGAGAAGAACGUGAAGCAGCAACAAAAUAAGUUUUUGCUAACAUAAAUUCUCUCUUGUACUUCGACAUUUAUCAUUAUCGUGCAAUCUUGGUCACUUAAGUACAGAAUUUACCUUAAAUUAGGCACUAAAAAUUCAAUUUCUCACAAAUAUUUUUCUCCUGAAUUUAGUGUUGAAUGAAAUGUUUUUUAUUAUCAUAUAAAACAUUUUUUUCCAUAAUGUUAAUCUUUGAUUUGUGAUUUUUAAUAGUUAUUAAUCUUAUUUAUAUAAAUAUAAUAUAUAUAUAUAUAUUUUUUUUUGUAAAAAUAAACUUAUGAGCGCUUUAA